AUGACCGUGACCAUUCAAACAAUUAAAUAUAUUUUUUGGGUACUGCCGAUAUUAGGGCUUAUACAAGCACUUCUACAAAACCCGGGGGACGAUUUUCCAUUUAGCACAGUAAUAGAUAUCCUCUCAGAAAAUGUUGAAUUCUCAACUUUUUUAAGAAUUAUCCAGAAAACUGGCCACGUACAAUACUUAAAUGAGCUGCAGAACUUUACACUUUUUGCUCCGAUCAAUUCGGCAUUUGUUGAAGGGAACCAAACCGCACGACAGUUUGAGGAGCAUUUCCAUAUUGAAGAUUUCCUUAUUCAUGAUAGGGUGUUGCAAGUGAGAGAGCUUGAAAAUGGUACCUACCUAGAAAAGAGAGCUGCACAGGCACCUUUAUUGUUGAGGAAGUACAAGCACCGUUGCUGGGUCAAUGAGGUCGCUGUAGUCGAACCCGAUUUACAGCCCAGUUUCCAGAAUGCUUCAGUACAAGGGAUCAAUAAUCUCUUACUAAUCCAACCCAAGAUAAAUGAGCUACUAGUACAGCUAGACAAAGAGACUCAAGACUUAAAGAUAUUUAGUGAUUUUAUCAACAGUUUUUCAAACUAUAAUGCGUAUACAGAUUCAUCUACGGUUUUAGUGCCCUUAGAUGUUAAUUUUCGAAAAUUUUUCAAUACAAUCGAAAUCAACUAUCUAACUGACAGAUAUAAAAAGAUGGGAAAAUCCAAUACGAUAUCUCAGGGCAAGUGGGCCACCGAUAGAUCCUCUUUUCUUCAAGAACUCAUUAUUGAUGAUGUAUAUGGUGGUAUUCUACCCAAGGAGCUAGCUUUGGAAAAUAAAAACGGUCGGAAGCUCCUAAUCAAAAGUAAUUCUGAAGGUACAUCAGUAAGUGUAAAUAAUUCAAACUACUCAAGUAUAUCAAACAGAAUUUUUGAAAUAGGCGUUGUCCAUGGCUUUUCUGACUUAAACUUUUUACGAAAGCAUAUACAAUUUGAUGCUGAAAAGUACCUGCACGGUUUAAACUGCUCAGAAUUUGUAAAGGAGUUAUAUUUCAGAGACAUUGAAAAAUUCAUCCAAAACGGGAAGAAUAUCACCAUAUUUGUACCACAAGCCUCUUUUAAUGAGGAUCGCGGGUACACAAAACCAUCACUUCUGUACCAUUUUGCUGAAGAUAAAAUUGACCUUGAGGAGGACUUUUCCUUAUUCCAUAAUAUUCAAUACGUACCUACCCAAAUUUAUGACUCCGCCUUCUGCUCUUCAGCUAAAAGACUAGGUGGACAUUGCCAAAAAUUUAAAAUCACGAGGUCUAAUAAAGGUUAUUACAUUAAUGGUCGCUUCAAAAUUUUAAAUACAAAACCUUAUGAGAUUGGUGAUACGUACAUAUAUUCCAUUGACGAUGAUCUUCAAUUACCAGGCGAUCUAGUGUUGUCGUUACCACCGCAAAACCACUGUUCUAUUUCGCUAACGCUUUUGAAGGACCUUGAUAUUUUGGAUUUACCGCCAAAUCAUAAGGGAUACACGAUACUCCUUCCAUGUAUGAAUUCAUGGGACAAUAACGACCUGACUAUAGACUACUUGAGAUCAAACAAAACCGCCCUAAACUUAUUCAUGAGGAAUCUAAUUUUCGAAGACCUUAUUUAUUCCAACAACUAUAAUAUUUCGACUACUGUCAAGAAUUUAUACGGAAACUCUGUAUCUAUCGGCGUAGAAGAAGUUGUGGGAAGCCAAAACCUAACAAAAAUCUCGGUGAGUAAUAUUAAGGAGAGUAUUAUUGUUGAAGAGAGUUCCGAUAUAUUUUUCAACCAGGGGGUUGUUCAUCCUAUAAACCAAUUGGAUUUUCCAGUCGAUUUAGAAAUAUCUUUGAAAGAGCUUAUAGAAACUACUGGGACGAAAGAAAUAAUUGAGUUUUUUAACCUGUUUGAUGACCUCUCUUCAAUCAUUCGGAACAACGAGGAAUACUCACUUUUAGUUCCAACGGCCUCCUCUAUUCCCUUGAGUGGCAUUUCGGCGAACUCGACAAACUUGAGGAAAUUUCUCGAACUUCAUUUGUUUCCUGCUAGUGAAGCACAAAACCUGCUAGACUGCAAUGGCACCAUUAAUACCAAAUUAGGUACCCAACUAAACUGUAGGAAAGAUCACCUGGACAACAUUUUUGUUAGCAUACAGGGCGACUGGACCAAGGAAGUUAGAGUUCUUAAAACGGGAUGUACUACUAAUUUGAAAAGUUCAUGCAUAUUUCUGAUCGACAAACCCAUAUCUUUAUCUUGGUUAAACAACGAGAAAUACCAUUUGCACUUACCAGGGAUUGCGGUUGGAUUUGGAAUAAUAAUUGGUGUCACCAUAGCUAUUUCCUUAUUGUUUUGUAUAAUAAUCACCAGAGGCGGAAAAGUAAAACACAGCGGUCAAGGAGGGAGAGUUGAUCAGGCAACAACACCACUAAUCCAACACUCCCCUAUAAUUCAUAACCCUUCUUAUUCUGCAACCGCGCAUUUAUCACCACUUUCUCAGCCCACUUUUGAAGGAUCAUACUCUGGGAAUGCUAUACAAAGACCUAGAGAUAUACGAAGGCCAGGAUCAGAACAAAGCGGCGGUCGUAGCGUUAGUACCUCAUAA